AUGAGAAUCCGUAAUACUGGCGACACAAUUAUUUUGGGCUUCUUGUAUGCAUUAGAAAAGAAACAUGAGGAACAUCUGGCUUAUAUUGCAGCGUAUACACAAGCUGGCCAUCGCCUGAGAAUCAGUGAUACGGAUACAGAACGACAUAAUUCCAUAUCAUUUAAAUUUAUUUAUUUCAAGGAUGCUCUUCUACCCAAUACAGUUGUUCAAAUUCACGUACAGACAAUAUUUACGCAUCGGCUAAUACCAUUGCAGAACUAUAUUACACAAUCUGGCUCACAAAUGGUUCGUUUUAAGGACAGCCACUACUUUCUGUCUCCUUAUCCAACAUUAAUACAAAAGACUAUUGUAAUCUUUGGAUCACAGAAUAUUAGAGCUGUAACAAAUGUUGAGCCAGUGACCAGACUUGGAAACACAUACAAAUAUGGGCCAUAUAACAAAAUCGAUGCUUUAAAAACUAGUGCAAUGGUUCUUCAUGUGGAAAACAAAAAGCCAUUCCUUACAAUUUUAAAAUUACUCAGAGUAAUUUUUGUUUCCCAUUGGGGUAACAUUCAUGUUAAAGAUUCAAUUGAAUUGGAUAACAGAGGUGCCAUUUAUGUAUCUCGGGAUCACGGAGAGAAAUAUUUGAGAAAACAAUAUUCUGUUAGGACAAUAAUACCAAGAUCUGCGAAGAACAUUGAGUGUCAUGAUGUAAUUGGAAAAAUGACCACAAAAGUUAAAUACCACAAAAAUUUUACUGAAUUGAUUUUGCAACCAAGGCUCCCAUUAACUGGGGGAACAAUUACUAAUUACAAUGUGAGUUAUUACCUUUCAACUGAUGACUUCUUAUACUACAGUGAAAAUGAUUACGUCUUGAAAAUGCGAUUAACUGAUCGUAUUUUACAGAACAUGUGCAUUGAUCAAGCAGAAAUAAAAAUUAUAUUGCCAGAAGGAGCGUCAGAAGUAAUAUUUUAUGUUCCGUUUCAAACAUUUCGUUUACCAAAUGGUAUUCAUAAAUUGUUUCUGGACAUUUUUGGUCAUCCUACCAUCUCAUUGGUGAAAACAAAUGUGAUAGAUCAACAUGUAAUUGACUUUGAACUCUUGUAUAGCCUUGAAACUAUCUUCUUCAUUUAUAAACCUGCAAUCAUUGUGUUGCCAAUUUUUAUUCUUUUUGUGCUUUUUAUUUUGUGUUGUAGGAAUAGUGAUGAUGAAAGAGAAAAAAAUGAUUAA